AUGCUGGUGCAAAACCAAACCACAGUGACUGAAUUUAUCCUCAUUGGCUUCUCACCAUUCCCCCGACUUCAGCACCUGUUCUUCGUGCUCUUUCUGCUGAUGUAUUUAUUCACACUGCUGGGCAACCUUUUCAUCAUGUUGGCUGUCUGGCGUGAGCGGAGUCUCCACAAGCCCAUGUAUUUCUUCCUGUGUACUCUUUCCAUUUCAGAAAUCUCCUACACGUUGGCUAUUAAUCCCCGCAUGCUUGCUGACCUGGUCUCCACUCACCACACCAUCUCCUUUUGGGGCUGUGCCAACCAGAUGUUUUUCACUUUUGCCUGUGGUCUCACUCACUGCUUCUUGCUCACCGUCAUGGGCUACGACCGCUAUGUGGCCAUUUGCCACCCCUUGCGCUACAGUGUGCUUAUGAGCUCACGGGGAUGUGCUUGGCUGGUGACAUCCUCAUGGCUAAGUGGCAUAGUCAUGGGGCUAGUGAUCACUCUUCCCAUUUUCAACCUGACCUUUUGUGGGCCUAAUGAGAUCCAUCACUUCUUCUGCCAAGUACCCCCCUUAGUGAAGCUAGCCUGCGGAGAUGUCUCAGCGGUAGCCAUAGGGAUUGGGCUGCUGUACAUCAUAGUCCUGCUAGGUUGCUUCCUCCUUAUCCUUCUCUCCUAUACCUUCAUUGCAGCCACCGUCUUGAAGAUCCCCUCAGCUGAGGGCCGGCACAAAGCCUUCUCCACCUGUGCCUCCCACCUCAUUGUGGUGGUUAUACACUAUAGUUUUGCCUCCGUUGUACACCUGAAGUCAAAGGCCUUAGAAGCCCUGGAAGGGGAUACCUUGAUGGGCAUUUCCUACAGUGCUCUCACCCCCUUCCUGAGCCCCAUCAUCUUCAGCCUGAGAAAUAAGGAACUGAAAGAUGCCCUGAAGAAAGUCCUCCUCAGGAGCCUGUGCCCCUCAAGACUGUAA